CCACAGAGGAGAGGAGCGAAUGCAUUGCGCAGGGAGAGCAGGAGGAGGAGGAGGGCCUACAGCUAUUGUUCAUGUCCGCCGUGAACAAAGGGCUCAUCGGGGUCUGCGUCAGCCCACAGCAGGUCCAGUCUACCCCCAAGGCCUCAUGCUGGACUAAACCACCGAUAAACCCCCGAACCCCGCUCGGUUGUCCCGUCCGCCGGUCCCGCUGAGCCGGUCCCGUCCGUCCCGGUGCGCCGUGGUGUUGGAGCGGCCCUGCGCGUCUUUACGCACGGAGCGCAGCGUCCUGUAAACACCCCGUCUCCCGGAGCUCCUCAGCAGGCUGUUCGUCCAAGUCGUUCAAGCUGUACUCACCCAAGGAGCCUCCGAACGGUAGCGCCUUCCCCCCCUUCCACCCCGGCACCAUGCUGGACAGAGACGUGGGUCCCACUCCGAUGUAUCCGCCCACGUACCUGGAGCCUGGCAUCGGGAGGCACACGCCGUACGGCAACCAAACCGACUACAGAAUAUUUGAGCUCAACAAACGGCUACAGAACUGGACAGAGGAGUGCGAUAACCUCUGGUGGGACGCCUUCACCACAGAGUUCUUUGAAGAUGACGCGAUGCUCACCAUCACCUUCUGCUUGGAGGACGGACCCAAACGCUACACCAUCGGCAGGACGUUGAUCCCGCGGUACUUCCGGAGUAUAUUCGAAGGGGGCGCCACUGAGCUGUACUACGUCCUGAAACACCCCAAGGAGUCGUUCCACAACAACUUCGUGUCCCUGGACUGCGACCAGUGCACCAUGGUCACGCAGAACGGAAAGCCCAUGUUCACACAGGUGUGUGUGGAGGGGCGGCUGUACCUGGAGUUCAUGUUCGACGACAUGAUGCGGAUAAAGACGUGGCACUUCAGCAUCCGGCAGCACCGGGAGCUCAUCCCCCGCAGCAUCCUGGCCAUGCACGCCCAGGACCCUCAGAUGUUGGACCAGCUGUCCAAAAACAUCACGAGAUGUGGCCUGUCCAACUCCACCCUCAACUACCUCCGACUGUGUGUGAUCCUGGAGCCCAUGCAGGAGCUGAUGUCCAGACACAAGACGUACAGCCUCAGCCCCCGGGACUGCCUCAAGACCUGCCUCUUCCAGAAGUGGCAGCGGAUGGUCGCUCCCCCAGCGGAGCCGGCCCGCCAGGCCCCCAACAAGCGGCGGAAGCGUAAGAUGUCGGGCGGCAGCACCAUCAGCGGGGGCGGGACCAACAACAACAGCAACAGCAAGAAGAAGAGCCCCGCCAGCGGCUUCCCGCUGUCCAGCCAGGUCCCGGACGUGAUGGUGGUGGGCGAGCCCACACUGAUGGGCGGGGAGUUCGGCGACGAGGACGAGCGCCUGAUCACGCGGCUGGAGAACACGCAGUUCGACGCGGCCAACGGGCUGGACGACGAGGACAGCUUCAACAACUCCCCGGCGCUGGGGGCCAACUCGCCCUGGAACAACAAGGCCCCCUCCAGCCAGGAGAGCAAGAGCGACAACCCCACCUCCCAGGCCUCCCAGUAGAGCCCCCCCCCCCCCCCCCCUCUCUCUCUCUCUCUCUCUCUCUCUCUAUCCACGACCCUCCCUCCAGACCCCCCCCCCCCUCUCAGCCAUGUGAGCAAGACCCUACUGACCCCAGACAUCACUUAAAGAGCCCAGAUUUAUCAAACCACUGACCCCGCCCCGCCUUCGGGGGGGGGGGGCCGGCGCGGCCAGGACUGAUGCGGCCCCCGUGAAGCGGUCGUGGAGCCCCGGGGAGACGCCUCCGUGUGAAGAAAGAAGAGGAGUCGGUCACUGUUUGGGUCAGCGACUCUCUUCCCCAGCUCUUUGGCUCCGUGUUCCCCCUCCUCCUCCUGCUCCUCCUCCCCCUCCUGCUCCUGCUCCUCCCAACUCAUACAUGAAUGUUAUGUCUGUUCUCAGAUCCUUUUUAAAGUUCAUACGGUGACUCGAUUUUAAUGUGAAGCGCGGGAGAGGGAGGAGGGUCUGUUGGGGGAGGAGACAGAGGAGUCUAUAUUUAAGCGUGCAUGUGAGGGGAGGGGAGGGGAGGGGAGGGGAGAGGAGGGGCUGCCCACGGCGGGGGGGGGGUGGUGGGGGAGGGGCUCUGGGUGGCGCCCCCGGUCGGCCUCUCAGCCUGACGCUACAUUCUGGUCCGCUGGCCGCGCAGAGCCAUCCUGCAGCCACACAGAGGAGAGGUGUGUGUCUCUGUGGAUGGGUGUGUGGGUGGGUGUGUGUGUCUGUGUGGGUGUGUUUGGGUGUCUGUGUGUGGAUGUGUGUGUAUGGGCAGGGGUUUGUGUGUGCGUGAACUCCAAAAAGGUAAAUAACAUAAUUGGGGCCAUGCGACAGCAAGUUGACCAGAAUAUAGAAUCACUUUGAGAGACCAUUCAAAUUCAGAGACUAGAUGAACUUCACUGUGGCACUAGGGAUAGGACACACACACACACACCCACACACACAACUGAAGAAACGCACACAUACCAACACAACUGAAGAAACACACCAACACAAUUGAAGAAACACACGCACACCAACACAACUGAAGAAACACACACACCUCAACACAGCUGAAGAAACACACGCACACACACACACACACACACACACACACACACACACACACACCUCAACACAGCUGAAGAAACACACUCACACACACACAAACACCUGUCAACACAGCUGAAGAACUCGAUUCUCCUAGUGCCCAAGCACUCUUUGCGUAGACUGCAGCAAAUCCAUUCUUUUGAAAAGAGAGCAUUUAAAUACACACGCACACACACAAUGAUGACACAUUUAAGAGUUUUUAUACCAGUAUCUAUUUCCCUAGAAUGUUUUUUAUUUGUAUUAAACUCCUUACUUUCAAUUGUUACUUUUUUAUUUUCUACCGAUAUCGAGCUACAGCUGCAGACCUAAGGAGCAACACAGGACUUUUGAACCCCCCCUCCUCUCUAAAAUAUAUGGUUUCUAUCUUUUAUGUUCAUAAAAGAGAAAGUUAGUGUGGAUGUUUUUAUUUAGUCCUUUUUUCACUUUUGAAGAUCUGACUCUUUUGUGUAUUUGUGCUUGUAUAUUUAAGGUAGUAGCAAAGUUCUGUCUGACUGUAAUGAUAAUAAAAUGUAUUCUUACUUAGAUUUGCCUAAAAGCCAUCUUGAUCUAACGUAAAGAAAAAGGAAAGCAAGAGACCCCCCCCCCCGGCCCCCCCCCUCUGUCGUCAGGCUCAUCCAUCUCCAUCCUUCCGUUCUGUUCUCUGCCGUGUAUCUGGAGAAGGUUCCGGCACCAUCACCGUGGAGACGGGACUCGGGCCUGCGGGCUUGGUUUGUUUUUGAUUUCUAUUUAUUAUGGGAUUUGCAGGCAUUCACUCGGUCUUGUAUAUUGUUUCACGCACACUGGUCAUACGUUUCAGCUCUUUGUUAAGUUCCCUUUACGUUGUGACUUUACGCCACUGUCUUUGAAACCGCACGUUGGAUUCAUCAUAAAGUUAUUUUCAUUUUUCAAACCUUUUCUGGUGAACGAAAUUAGAUUGGCCUAUUUUCUUGGUAGCAAUGCAAAGUCUCUGUUCCUUUUGUAAAUACAACGAAGGCUGCGUCCUGUACAUUUAAACCCCAUCGCCAUUCUCUCCAGCAACAGUGACAAAUGAAUUUAAUGGUUCCUUGUUCCCUCUUCCGCAAACCCUGUAGAAAAAUAAUUGUUUGAUAUAUAUUUUUUUGAUUUGGUUAGUUCUUUCCCUUGAUUAUUAAUGUAUGGUACCAAUAAAAAGAUACAUUUUCACUUUAA